CACCCGGAAGCAGGAAGUUAUCGCUGCACCUGCGCCGACCUUCCUCUUUUCUGUCAAUAAAAAAAAAAAAAAUCAGUUUCGAUACCGAGGAAGGAGACUUAACUUUCACAGUGGUUGCUUUCUGUCGUCAAUGGAGACUUCCGUGGAGAAGGCGCCCGAGGCGGCUCGGGUGGACGAGGCGGCCGGCGGCGAGGCCGAGGAGCCGGCGGUGAAAUGCGGAGCCGUCGGCUGUCAGUUCGGAGACCCGUCCGGAGAGCCACCGCUGUCUCUGAAUCAGUUUAAAGUCAAGAAGUUCUUCGUUCUCAGGCCCGGCACGCUGCACCAAGCUGUCAAAGACAUUCAAGUUCUAGUGGAUCCGGAAAUCGACGGCAACAUUCACGGCAUCUGGCUUAUGGCAGAGGUGGAUCACUGGAACAACGAAAAGGAGCGGCUGAGUGUCAUCACCGACAACUUCCUGCUCAUCUGCAAGUACGACUUCGUCAUGUUCCAGUGCGAGCAAAUCCAGAAGGUCCCCCUCAACAUGGUGGAUCGCAUCUGCUACGGAAGCUUCAGCUUCCCGCCCAAAUCCGUCCUUCACCGAGAUGGAGAAGGCCUCCGCGUCUUCUGGGACCGCCUGAGGGAGCCGUCCUUCGUCUCCUGGUGGAACCCCUUUGCCACCGACCUGCCGUACGUCACCUUCACGGAGCAUCCCGUGAAGAAGCUCAGCGACGCCUUUGCUACCAUCUGCAACAUGGAGGACUUCCGCGAUCAGCUCAAAGAGGCGGCACAGAUGGCCCACAAGGCCAGGCCGGUGCCCGGGAAGGCCAACGGCGUCCUGCUGCUGAAUCAGAGCAUUUGUAUCAAGGCCUACAUGGGCUUCAUGUCCUUCCUGGGCAACACCAACAAGCUGGGCUACAGCGUGGCUCGGGGGAACAUCGGCUUUUAGGGCUGGCUUUCAUGGUACUUUAGUUAGGUGUGGACUAGGGACUCCAACAAGGAUGCGGACCAAGAAAACUGGUCAGUUCCAACUCAACAAUUUUGGCAUGGUUUAGUUUAGAAAUAAUACAAAACAAAUAUAAUUUACAGUAAACCCUCACUAUUCCCGGACGAUACCAGGGCAAGAAACUUGCCCUCAAUAGCGAAAACCCAAUAAGUAUUUUGACCACCCUGUAAAAAAAAAAAAAAGUAUGACAAUUGCCUGCUGAUGGCGAUGAUGCGCUAUAUGAAGCUCCUCAACUCACUCGAUAAAUCCUCAGCAAGAAGAUCCCACAAGAAAGCAGUACUCCUGUUAUUAAGCAAAGCCAUACUUGUAUUUUUGGGCUUUGGACAGAGCAUGAAAAACAUGAAUAGGUGAGUUUUAUUAAUUUUUUAAUUUUUUUUUAUGAAAAACAAGUUGGUUUCCCGAAAUAAAAUAAAAUAAAUAAAUAGCUAAUUCCAAACUGUGACUAUGCAGGGAUGCACUGUAAAGCAAAACUACUCAUCAAAAUAAAAAAAAUGUAUAGUACUCACCAAACAAUACUUUAUUGAUGAUAAAGCUGAUAUAAAUUAAAACUAAUCACUCCAGGGAAGCGGAGACCGGUCCCCUUUUACUUUAGUUAUGUUGCGAGUGAAAUUGAACCGUUUUGAAGUAGAAAUCUAGGAGGAGAAAAACAUAUAUAUAUAUAUACAUAAAAUUUUAAUGAUAACAUUUCUUCUGCCAAUUUCAUAUAUAUAUAUAUAUAUAUAUAUAUUUUUUUUUUUUUUUUUUUUAAACUGACCAACAGAAUCCCAACUACAACGCACCUUCGACACUUUUGUUGGGCUUUUGGUUUCACGCCGACUUUGGGUGACGACUCUCCCGCCGCCGCUUCUGUCGAGCUUUCUUCUUCUACUGUUGACUCGGCACUGAUAUGCAAAUUUUCGUCUGUCUCGCAACGGGCCUCCUUUUUUCCCUCCCUGGGUGCCUCGGUUUAAAAAGUUCUCAGCACAACGUUCGCAACCUCCUCGGAGAUUCACACGAAGCACGGAGGAAGGUGCGGCUGUCACUUUCGUUGUGUUAACACGCAAUUGUUUGUGUAUUUUUACACCAAACUUACGUCGUCGCGAGGUGACGCCGUGUUUGUGUCUGCCGACGAUCAAGGAGGCCGCCGCCCCCGUUGUACCAAACAAUAAGCUUUUCUCAUUUGUGAUCACAAAUAUACUUCUUGUUCGACGUGUAUUUUUACACAGAACUUGUGUUUGGCGAGAUAAAGAAAUAGAUUCGUAUUCAUCCACAAGGGAAUGUCACAAAUUCACCAGUUUUUCCUACGAUAAUCUUUUUCUACGUGCAGUUUACUGCUGCUACUUUAACGUUAACCAUAAGCACACCGUUGUGUAUUUUUACACGCUACUGCGUCAGGAAGGGCAUCCGGCGUAAAAAUUGUGCCAAACAUAUGUGCGUUCAUCUGAGAUGACACGCUGUGGCGACCCCGAAAGGGACAAGCCGAAAGAAACAAACAAACGUAAGAUUUGACUAUGUGACACUUUAUUUGUACGUGCAGUAUACAAGUUCAUCCAGUUGACGGGGUAGCUGCUUAAUGAGGCGCCCUUGUGAUGACAAACCAUACAAUUGUCCUUUUGUGUAUUUUUUCUACGUGUUUUUACGAGCUGAUUCUCCAAUUUGUCUUCUGGUUUUCACAGCAGCCGCUGUCCUACUUUUAUAUUUGAGCCAUCGCAUGAUCUUGAGCUUUUUUUCUUUUCUUUUUUUUUUUUUACAUCCUUUUGUCUUUUUGUUGAACGACCUCACUGACUUAUAUUUACUUAUCUGCUUUUUGUGUUUGUUUAAAUUCGAGUUUUCAUAUAAUGUCAAAUGUACUACUGAGAGAUUCGAUUUGUUGGUGAUAUGAAGUCUUGUACUUUGCAUUCCAUAUUAAUAGGGGGCCGUCAAACAAUUAUUAUUAGGCUUAAUAUGACGCAAUACGUCAUAAACCUACUUUGGUUUCAUUUGAUUUUGGGGAAACGACAAAGUGAAUAUUUUGUUACAACCAAGCAAAGGUUCUGUGUAUUUUUAGACUACUUGGUGGGGGGGAAAAAAAGAAUAAAGACAUUUUUCUUUA